GACCGAUGACGGAGGGAACAGCACUGACUGCCUAUAACAACACUCACAUCACGGUCAUGUCUAGCGCCAUCUACGGCGGGAACAAAUCCGACGAUAACUGCACCAGCGUGGACAGCCUGAUGAAACGCUACUACCUGCCUGUCAUGUACAGUGUCAUUUUCGUUGUGGGGCUGCUGGGUAACGUCACCUCCAUCGCCAUCUACCUGGCCAAGCUACGACCCUGGAAGUCCAGCAUUAUCAUCAUGUUCAACCUGGCGUUGACGGAUCUUCUGUAUGUUCUGAGUCUGCCWUUCAUGGUCUACUACUACACCAACGGUGAAUCCUGGACCCUGGGCGACUUCAUGUGUCGCUUUCUGCGUUUCGGGUUCCACUUUAACCUAUAUGGUAGUAUACUGUUUCUCACCUGUUUGGCUGUGUUUCGAUAUGUCGUGGYGGCGCAUCCUCUGAGGGCGGCGCAGGUGCAGCAGAAGAGGUGGGGUAUCUUGGCGUGCGCUGCGGUCUGGGCUAUAGCCGUGGCAGAGAUCGUGCCCAUGCUCACCAUGAUCACCAUGGAGACUAAAGACAACAAGACCCAGUGUUUGGACUUUGCUAGCGGCGACCCGGAUGUCCUGUGGUGGUACGGUUGGCUGCUGACCGUGCUGGGCUACCUGCUGCCCCUGGUGGUGGUGGUGGUGUGUUACGCCGGUGUGGUCCGUGAACUAGCCAAGGGGCCCCACACUCACAGCCCUUGCCGGGAACGGGCACGUCGCCUCACUGUACUGAUCCUGGUGGUGUUCGUGGUAUGCUUCCUGCCGUACCACGUCCUGAGGAUCCUAAGAGUAGACACCAGGAGGAAGCCUGAGUCGUCAUGUAUGCUGGUGCACUGGGUCCACGCCGCUUAUAUCCUGUCCAGGCCCRUAGCGGGGCUCAACACCUUYUUUAACCUGGCUCUGUACACCCUGGCMGGGGACAAGUUCCAGCAGGCCUUCCUCAGUGUGUUCCMCUGGGGYCCCUGGUGGACCAAGKUCAGGACUCACCUCAAACUCAGCCUGGCUGYYGUCAGUAAGCCCAAUGAUGGAGAGGAUGGACCGAUGGGAGAGGAGUGGCCUUCCCACCUCAUCUCCAGCGCCCCCUCCACCAGCACCACCUACCCCUGCUUCAGCAUCCGGCUCCGGGGCCCUGCGUCUGGCGCUCCCCAGGGAGUAUGA